AUGUCUCCUCUGCAACUGAUCAUCUCUAUCUUCCUACUUCUUCCAUCACCACUCUCCGCGGCUCUAAAUGCCAAACCGGGAUGCCAUGACCGGUGCGGGGAUUUACUCAUUCCAUAUCCAUUUGGAAUUGGCAAAAAUUGUAGCCUCAGCCCUUAUCUUGACAUCAAUUGCGAUAAUUCCACUGACCCUCCAAAAGCUUACCUCUCCAUUAUGAACAAACAAGUGAUUGAAUUUAAUUUCAAUGAAUUUUUCAUUCGGCUCUUAAACCCCUACAUGAUUUCAGCUUGCUAUCAUCUCUCAGCCGAAAAUCAACGUGGUAUGAGUGUGAACUUGUCGGGAACUCCCUACAUGCUCUCGGUUGAAAACGUGCUCACUGCCAUCGGGUGCGAUGAUAUGGCGCUGCAAUCCAAUGGAAGUUCCACCGUUGGCGGCUGCUCGGCGUUUUGUGCUGACAAGAACGAUACCGGCUUCGGAGAUUGCCAAUAUAAUGGUUGUUGCCAUCAGGAUCUCUACGGAAUAAGUUUCUUGGAAGCAGAACUGAUUGACUUGAGCGGAAGAUCACAACGUAAAAAGCUUUUUCCGUGUAGCUAUGCCUUUAUCCACGAGAAGACGAAGAAGAACGAAACCGUAUUUUCAUAUCCUUUGUACUAUCUGGACAACUCAACGGCAUUGGUAAACGAUAAUUGGGCAUCUGCAACAAGGCCGCCUGUAGUGCGCUUGGACUGGCUCGUUGGGGCUGAGAACUGCAGCCGCGCUAUGAAUUCCAACACUUACGCAUGUGUAGACGAAAAGAGUGUUUGUGUUGAUUAUAGAUAUUCCUAUAGGACAGGUUACACAUGUAGCUGCGUGCAAGGGUACGAGGGAAAUCCUUACUUACCAGGAGGAUGCCAAACAAUAAUUCCCUCUUCAAGUUCAAUUGCCAAGCGUGGAUGCUUAGAUCAAUGUGGGAACGUAUCAAUUCCAUUUCCAUUUGGUGUGGGUCCAAAUUGCUACCUGGAGCCAUCUUUUGAAGUUGUUUGCAAGAAGGACACCAACCCUGCGAAACCCUACCUCCGUCUUUUGAACACUGAAAUCGUGGAGCUGAACUCAUCAAAAAUUAUUGUUAACUACAGGAAUGUGUCUUCAAAUUGCUACAAUCGACUAGAGUCGGACUAUCAAGUUGAGCGGAGCUUGAAAAUUGACUUAUUGCAAACGCAAUAUAGAUUAUCAGAUGAGAACUGGAUCACUACCAUUGGCUGCAAUGUUAUGGUUGUCGGGGUAAUUGGACGAGACAAACGAAGUUCCAUACGCAGCAGCUGCGCAGCCAUUUGCUCUGACAAACAAAUCUAUGAUGGUACAAUUUACGUGCAUUGUGAAUAUGGACCAACAUCUUUUGCAGGUGAAGGUUGUUGCAGAGUACCAAUUCCAAGAGGUACAACUUACCUCGAAUCAAAUAUGACUAAUCUAAGUGAACCAAGGACAAUUGUCAAUGUUUCAUGUAGCUACGCCUACAUUGAAUACGCUAAAAGAUGGAAUGAAUACAUUCGUUACACUGUAGGAUUUUCGUUUGAGAAUAACUCAAACCCAAUCCAACGUUAUGUUCAGCCGAGCAUGGCACUGGAUUGGAGGAUUGGAGUGUUGAAUUGCAAAGAUGCACGACAGGAUCACGCUAACUUCGUAUGCCGAGAUAACAGUGAUUGUGUUGAUUUUGAUGCUACGCUUGGAGGGUACCUCUGCAACUGCUCCAAAGGAUACAGAGGCAAUCCCUACCUCGACCCAGGCUGCCAAGAUAUUGAUGAAUGCGCUGAUAACACAACUAAUACAUGCGUCUCAAACUCAAUUUGCGAAAACAUUCCGGGGACAUUUCACUGCUCGUGUCCGAAAGGGUAUAUUGGUGAUGGAAAGAAAGAUGGAACAAGUUGCAUUCCACAGCCGCCAUCCAAAACCAAGAUGAUUAUUUUGAUAGGUAUAGGCUCUGGAUUGGGGUUUCUUCUUGUAGUUUCAGUGAUCUUUUGGUUGUAUAAAUUGUUGCGAAAGAGAAAGGAAAGAAUGGUAAAAGAUAAAUUCUUUAAGCGAAAUGGCGGUCUUCUCUUGCAACAACAGACGAAUGAAGGUGCACUUGGAAAAACAAAAGUUUUCCGGGCAAAAGAGUUGGAGGUGGCUACGGAUAACUUUAAUGAGAGCAGAAUUAUUGGACAAGGAGGGCAAGGCACUGUCUAUAAAGGAAUGUUAUAUGAUGGUAAGAUUGUAGCGAUAAAAAAAUCAAAGCUGGUCGAGUUGAAUCAGUUGGAACAGUUCAUAAAUGAAGUGGUGAUACUAUCGCAGAUCAAUCAUAGGAAUGUGGUCAAACUAUUGGGGUGUUGUUUGGAGACUGAGGUUCCUUUGCUUGUUUACGAAUUCAUGCCAAACGGCACACUAUUUGAUCUAAUACAUGAUCCAAGUAGUGAAUUUCCAUGUACAUGGAACAUGCGUUUGAAAAUUGCAGCAGACAUAGCAGGGGCAGUAGCGUACUUACACUCUGCAUCUUCUGUGCCUAUCUAUCACAGGGAUAUUAAGUCAAGAAAUAUCCUCCUUGAUGAAAAGUAUGUUGUCAAAGUAUCAGAUUUUGGAACAUCGAGGUCCGUUGCUACAGAUCAGACUCACUUAACUACUGUGGUUAAAGGGACGUUUGGAUAUUUAGAUCCAGAAUAUUUUCGGUCGAGUCAAUUCACAGAAAAGAGCGAUGUUUAUAGUUUCGGGGUAGUUCUUGUCGAGCUUCUUACUGGGCAAAGGCCAAUAUCUCUUGAUAAAACAGAAGAGGAAAGAGGUCUAGCAACACGGUUCCUUGCAUGCAUGGAAGAAGAAUGCAUGGAUACGAUUUUAGAUCCACAAGUUCGGGAGCAAGGAAGAAAGGAGGAGGUGAUCCUAGUUGCAAAGCUUGCACAAAGAUGUUUGCACUCAAAAGGGAGAAUGAGACCAACUAUGAAAGAAGUUGCUACUGAAUUGGAAAGUUUUAGGAUGUCUGACAUGUCGAGUGGUAUUAAUGUUGAAUCAGAAGAUGUGAGAUCUUUUGAAGAUAUGUCUGCGAUGAUUUCAGACACUGAGUACACAUGGACAAAUAGUUAUAAGAGUGCUUUCACAUCAUCAUCAGACACACAUCCGUUAGUGUUAUCUGAAAGUGUAUCAUAAUAUAGACACAUUUAUAGUAGACUCAAAUAAGAUGAUCAAGACUUGGUUCUAUGCCAUAUCUGAGAUUGAAGAUUGGAAUAUUAAUGAAUCUCUUUAUAUUGUA